GCUCAGAUAUACUGAGCGAGCGCUGAGAAGCAGCCUCAGAUCCUGACGGUGCAGCAGCCCGCAGCCUCAGCCAGGGAGUCCCAGCCGCUUUCAAUGGAGGAGAAGCCCGGCCAGCCACAGCCUCAGCACCAUCACAGCCACCACCAUCCGCACCAUCACCCCCAGCAGCAGCAGCAGUCGCAGUCGCACCACCACCACCAUUACUAUUUCUACAACCACAGCCACAACCACCACCACCACCACCAUCACCAGCAGCCUCACCAGUACCUGCAGCAUGGAGCCGAGGGCAGCCCCAAGGCCCAGCCCAAGCCGCUGAAACAUGAGCAGAAACACACCCUCCAGCAGCACCAGGAAACGCCGAAGAAGAAAACAGGCUAUGGUGAAAUAAAUGGUAAUGCUGGAGAAAGAGAAAUAUCUUUAAAGAGCCUCAGUUCUGAUGAAGCUACUAACCCUAUUUCUAGGGUCGUCAAUGGCAACCAGCAAGUUGUAGACACUAGCCUGAAGCAGACUGUAAAGACCAGCACCUUUGGAAAAACAGGAAUUAAAACCAAGAAUUUUAUUCAGAAAAACAGUAUGGACAAAAAGAAUGGGAAGUCUUACGAAAAUAAAUCUGGAGAGAACCAGGCGGUAGACAAGACCGAUACUGUAGCAAUUCCAAAUGGUGUUAUAACAAAUAAUUCAGGCUAUAUUACUAAUGGUUAUAUGGGCAAAGGAGCAGAUAAUGAUGGUAGUGGAUCUGAGAGUGGAUAUACAACUCCUAAAAAAAGGAAAGCUAGGCGCAAUAGUGCCAAGGGUUGUGAAAACCUUAAUUUAGUGCAGGACAAAAUAAUGCAAGAGACUAGUGUCCCAGCUUUAAAACAGGGACUUGAAAGUUUAAAGCCUGACUAUAGUGAACAAAAGGGAACUCGGGCAGAUGGUUCGAAGCCUAUUUGGAAGUAUGAAACUGGACCUGGAGGAACAAGUCGUGGAAAACCUUCUGUGAGUGACAUACUUCGUAAAAGCUCAGAUAUUAAACCUGGUUUGAGCAGCAAAAAGUUUGAUGAUCGGCCUAAAGGAAAACAUGCCUCAGCUUCUGCCUCCAAAGAGGACUCGUGGACUUUGUUUAAACCACCCCCAGUUUUUCCAGUGGAUAAUAGCAGUGCUAAAAUAGUUCCUAAAAUAAGUUAUGCAAGCAAAGUUAAGGAGAACCUCAACAAAACUGUACAGAACUCUUCUGUGUCACCAUCCUCAUCUUCAUCGUCUUCAUUAUCUACUGGGGAAACUCAGACUCAACCUUCAAGUCGAUUAUCCCAGGUCCCCAUGUCAGCUCUGAAAUCUGUUACUUCUGUCAACUUUUCUAAUGGGCCUGUUUUAGCAGGAACUGAUGGAAAUGUGUAUCCAUCAGGGGGUCAGCCACUGCUAACUACUGCUGCUAAUACUUUAACACCCAUCUCUACUGGGACUGAUUCAGUUCUUCAGGACAUGAGUCUGACAUCAGCAGCUGUUGAACAAAUUAAGUCUAGCCUUUUUAUCUACCCUUCAAAUAUGCAAACGGUGCUGUUAAGCACUGCACAAGUAGAUCUGCCCUCUCAGACAGAUCAGCAAAAUCUGGGGGAUAUCUUCCAGAAUCAAUGGGGUUUAUCAUUUAUAAAUGAACCCAGCGCUGGCCCAGAGACUGUUAUUGGAAAGUCAUCAGAUCAUAAAGUAAUGGAAGUGACAUUUCAAGGAGAAUAUCCUGCCACUUUGGUUUCACAGGGUGCUGAAAUAAUUCCCUCAGGAACUGAGCAUCCUGUGUUCCCCAAGGCUUAUGAGCUGGAAAAACGGACUAGUCCUCAAGUUCUGGGUAACAUUCUAAAACCUGGGACUGCUGAGAGUGGAGCCUUAUCCUUGGAACCCAGUCAUUUAGGUGACCUGCAAAAAGCAGACACCAGUAGUCAAGGUGCUUUAGUGUUUCUCUCAAAGGACUACGAAAUAGAAAAUCAAAAUCCUCUGGCCUCUCCUACGAACACUUUGUUAGGCUCCGCCAAAGAACAGAGAUACCAGAGAGGCCUAGAAAGGAAUGAUAGCUGGGGUUCUUUUGACCUGAGGGCUGCUAUUGUAUAUCACACUAAAGAAAUGGAAUCUAUAUGGAAUUUGCAGAAGCAAGAUCCCAAAAGGAUAAUCACUUACAAUGAAGCCAUGGAUAGUCCAGAUCAAUGAAGGACCAGACUGCCUAUUUGUAACCUUUCUGCAGCAUUAGAGCCACCGUUCAUGGGGGAAACAAGGCUUUUAUGCUCCUAGAUCUUCAACGCAGCAGAGGAACCAUAAGUAGAAUCACAGGAUAAUAUAUACAAAUAUAUAUAUAUACAUAUAUAUAUAUAUAGUUAUUUAAAAAAAAGGCAACUGAGAGUAAUUAGACUUCUUAAGGAAUCAAAUUUAUUUCAAGAGACUACACAUGGUUAUUUAAUCUCCGGUACCGAAUAGUCUUUCCUUUAUUUUGUUAGUUUUUGUUUUAAGUGUGAAUGCAAGUGAUUAAUGAAUACAGACUUAACAAGCGUGGUUCUAAAGUUCCUGCUGUCAUCGACUUGGGCAACAAAUGACCCACUGGAAAGGCAAAUCCACUUACUAGGUAUCUGUAUCUUGUUGUGUGACUAAAGUGAUACACUAAUCACGGGGAACCCAGAGUGAUGCAGCAUUUCCCCUUCUCCGCCCUUGAUCUUUUAGUUUUAUUUUGAGCCCUGCGAGAAUGCUGGAUAAAUGCCUUGAAGUUUGCAGGGGUGUUUUUUGUUGUUUGUUUUUUUGUUGUUGGUUUUUUAAAUCUGAUUUGCAUGUCUUGCCAGGAGUUGUGCAGCCUCUGUGGGGUGUUGGGGAAAUAGUUCCUUCCUUUCCUUUAUUUUUUGUGGGGGUGGGGUCGGGGGAGGGCAUUGAAGUUCUACAAUCCUGGAAUAGUUGGUGGGUACAUAGUUAACUUUGGUUAUGUGUGUGACUUUUAACAGCUGACAAAUCCAAGAGUGUCAUUUAAAGAAAGGUUGCAGAACAAGGAAUUGGCUGAUAAAUUAUCCAUCAUAAUUGUGUAACUGGGAGCAAAAAUAUAUUCUGCUUUUUGCUGUAGGUGCUCAGACUUGCUCUCUGUCACUAACACUAAGUGCGUACUCUUGUUUUUCAUCAAACAUCUAAGCGAAACAUGUAUUUUUCUGUAAAUUUUUUUAAUUUCAGUUUCUCAGCAAAAUCUAAAGGAAAAGUUCUUAAAAAAUGUUUUUAGCCUGUGAGGAGGUAAUAAACACUGCUUGUAGAAGGCGUGUUUUCAUGCAAAUUCUACUUCUGAGCUUACUAGCUACUAAUUAUAUCUUAAUAUAUUUUAUCAUUAGAGCAAGAUGGGAUUUUUUGGUUUUUGUUUUUUUAAGGAAAAUAAUGUGAAAAUCUGGAAAUUUUGUUUGGGGCAGAAAAGAGCAUUAGCCCUGUCUUACCAUCACAUUACCAUCCUGUUGCGCUGCAGCUUGUGUAUAGCAUGCUAAAAAAAAAGUGUGUGUGUGUGUGUGUGUGUGUGUGUGUGUGUGUGUGUGUGUGUGUGUGUAGAAACUAAGGGUCCAAUUUAAGACUGGGUGAUGUUAGUGGCAUAAUAACAAGUUCUCUGGCCUGAUGCAUCACAUCACACACAUAGACACAUACAGAGAAAUCAGUGUAUCCAUGUUUGUCAAAUACAAGUUAAAAUAGCAGGGCAUUUAUAGAGUUGCAGUCUUCUAACAGGCAGACUGGAUCCCCUAGACAUGUUUGGGGGAGAAAGUACUUUUUACUCUAUUUGUUUUCUAAGAAAUGUCCAAUUUUGAGCGAUUGUAGUAUGGAUGGAUUUUCUGGUUUUGUUAAUUAUUUCAGGUUUUUAACAAAUACUUCACGAAACAAGCUAUUUGAUUUACUGCAGAGAAAAAUACUUUUUAGUCUGGAUUUCUGCCCUGCUUAGAUUUUUAAAAAGUAUAAGCAUGGAUUGCCAAUUCCACUUGAUGUAAACAAAACUUUUUAUACAUAAUAUAUAUAAUAACUUAUUGUAUCAGUCCAGGUUCAGAAACUUGUAGUAGGCCAGUUUCAGAUAGUUUCAUUUCACCUGUAAACUGUAUCACUUUUACUGAUAUUGUAAUUUUCAAUGUAUAAUAUGUUUACAGAUGUGCCCUACAUUUAGUGCUUUGUUCUAUUUUGAAAUUUUUUUUUUCAUCUUUUUGUUGUUGAGUCUCCUGCCUGCUUGCCAAAAGCUAGGAUGCUUCAGGCCCGUGUACAAUUCAAAGUGCGGCAUCCUUGAGCUUUAAAGCAUUGAACAAACUGGAAAAUGCAACACGCCACAUACUGAACUGAAAAAACUCUGUUUUUUUUUUUUUUAAUAAAAAUUUUCAAAAUGUUUUUAAAAAAGGUUGAUUAAAGAAAAAAAGAGGCUCCAGUUUGUUUUAUAGGUUUUAAAGUUCUGCUGUGUGUUUAAUUGCCUUGUGUAACCACUUGUCGCCUUAGGGCCAAAUCCUUACCCCAGUCUUUUUUUAAAUGUCAUUUUGCUUGUCUGGAAUUUUAAAGUUCUUCUGUUUCACAAAUUACAAAACAACUUCCUUGGUUUGUGGCAUACAAGGUUGAACAUAAUCAUAAUGGAAAGAAAAAUUCCAAUUUCCUGAAUUUGGCUUUUAAACUUAGAAGUAAUACUUGCUACCUUUAAAAGCCUUCUCUUUCAUAAUUCCCUUUCCAUAUCUUUCAGGCCUGAGUUCAGAGAAGCUAAAGAGAAUGUAUCCCUUCUCUGUUUGUCCAAAGGUUGAGAAUCUCAUUUCUAAAUGAAACAAUGCAACAUUUCACUUUGAUUUCUCCAUUGAAAUUUUCUUGAUUGAUAUGAUUAAGAGGUAUAUACAGUAAUUAUUAAAUGUCUUUCACCUUUCUGGGAUCCCUAGUGGCCCAUCAUAUUAAAUGUCAGUAUUUUUUGGACAUUGGGUUAAUGGACUUAAUUGCCUCAGUACAAGCAGGACUUUGGGACGGAUCUCCUUUGUGCUGUUUGAUACUUGUCUCAAUAUUUCUCCUUAGGUCCUCACACAAUUCCUUACAGAGCACUUAUUAAAAAAAAGUCUUACAAGCUCAUCUGUUUUCUGAUUAUUUUUGUGUAAGCUUCUAAAGAAACAUCAGCUGUGAUUCAUUUAGCACAUUUAAAUAACAGUAUGUUGUUGGUAUAAAGAAUUUUCUUUCAACUCAGAGUAUUAGUACUGUAGCAUAAACCAAAUACAGUCUAGAGGGGAUUUUUAACAUCCCUCCAUUUAAAAGACUGAAAAGUUGUGUGUGUGUGUGGAUGUAUGUAUGUUGGGGUGCUUGUGUGAGGGAAAGAUGAAGAUACUAAAUUAGUAAAUGAAUGUGUAAGACAUUAUAUUAGUAUUCAGAGAACGAAACUUGUAUUUAUUUUGUGCCAUUUGUUUUCAUUACACAGAAUAAAGUCGGGUGGUUUAAAUCCUUAAAGGGUAGUACUAGAAAAAAUGGCACUAAGGAUGAAAUCAUGACCUAUUUUUUUAAUAGCUAGGAAACUAAUUAUGGGUGAUGAUUUCUUUUUCAGUUUGUCUUGAUUGUGGGUUUUGCGUCACAUACCACUCACUUUGUGUGAAAUGUCUUGAAUAAUCUCCCUUCCCAACAAAAGACAGGGUGUAUUUAUCUUUCUAUUUACCCCCACUUCAACAACCUGAAGUUAAUUGCAUAGUGUUUCCUCUAACCUUAGUAAUGAACCUUCACAUCAAUAAAGUGUGUUUAUGGUGUCUGUAGUAGCCUGCCCUUCUCUACUUUCUAGGAGGGAUAGCCAAUAUCUAGAGACUUGUUAGUGAGAGCUUUCUGCUGUCCUCCAUCUACUUUGGUAAUUACCACUCAGAAUCUGCAAAUUGUUCAUAAAUCAAACAAGUGCUAUGAUUUCUUUUUCUUUAGUGACAGUUUUUAGAGAAUAGGCAUAGUAGUCAUUCACAAAUUAGGACACAGCAGCAGCAGUUUCACAGUUGGUUGUUAGGCCAAUCCUCGCCAAAAGUUUUUUCCUUUUGUUUUUGUUUGUUUGGUUUUUUUGUUUGUUUUGGUGUGUAAUGUAAACUUCUACCAGUUAAGACUUGGCUCAAUUUAAAAGGCUGUCCAUUGGGUUAUGUAAGUCACUUCUUGCUCAAAUUGCUAAGGGUUUAAUGCCACUCGACCAUGUCUUCAAAUGACACAAUUCCUGUUUAACCAACUAUUACAGUGUAAUGAAUCAAAUACAUGUGAAGGACAAUAAAUAUCCUGUUGAUGUAUGCCUGCCAGGGUGGAGUUUGAUAGGACUAUCUAUAAGAAAAGGUGGGGUUUGCUUAUUUUACCCAUACCCUAGCAGUUUGGAAAGUGCGCACAGGACAAGCCUAGAAGCAUGAGUAGCUCCUUAAAGCUGUCCAGAAGUACACAGGAGAUUAGUUCUAUAAAUUAGUGUUUAGAAACACUUAGAUGUGUUAGAAGCCAGGUCAUUCUGUGUUGGUGUAAAAGAGUGAUAGAUAAAUCAUUAAUUCCAUAUCAUUAAUUCCAUUUCAAGUGCUGAUUUACUGAGUAGAGAAAGAAAGGUCUUGGAAGCAAUUAUUAGAUGCCAGCAGAAGUGUGAGAGUUUGGAGCUUUCUGUCAAUAAAAUGAAUGCCCAACAAACCAUCAGUAGUUUAUUGCUUUUGUGUUACAAGGACUAUCAAAUAGUAAAGGCCUGGAAACUUAACAGACACCCUGAGCUGUAGUGGGAUUGCUGGUUCAGACUAACUAUUUAGAAAACUUUCUUCUGUCCAAGGUUCUGAAGCCGUUUUAUAACAUUGUGGUGUCUUUUUUUAGUAGCCUUGUUAUAAAAGCUACAAGUAGUUUGCUUUUGCUGUAAAUCAGUUGUAAUCUACAGACCAAACCAGCUUACAUCAACAUUACAAUAGCUUUCCACAUAUAUCCCUUUUCCUCAGGUGCUAAACAAAGGCUCCAAAAUGGAUACUGCUUUAGUGACAUCUGUUUUAUUCUUAAAAUGCACAUUUCUUUUGCUAAUUGUAAAGAUUUUGUUGUUAACAAAGUGGUUUUAAUAUGUAAAUAUGAACGAAUACCUUAAGUUCUAUUUGUCUAUUGAGUCUUUGCAUUUAUCUUUUGUAGAUACUUUUUUCACAAUCUUGAAUACAUUUCAUUAGGUAUUGUUGCAUCUUUAGAAUGAAAACAACUGUUUUGUCUUAGAUUACGCCUGCUGCUGCUGCUAUGGGAAACUGAAAAUCAAGAAUGUGAUGCACUUUUUAACAUUACUAUAUACCAUAGGUUGCUUUAAUACCUUUUCUCUAGCACAGCCACUAACAAGUGAUGAGCAGAGUUUAUAAUUCUCUUCAGGAGUGAGUCAGUCUAGUUUGUGUUGACCUAUGAAGGGGACAGUAACUUAGGAAAUAAACUUUUGGUUAAUAUUAUACUUUUUGGCCUUAAAGUGUCUUCUACUACUGAAAAUUGUUUAAACCUUAGCUUUGUUUCUAUUAUUCCCUCUCUUCUUCAAAGAAUUGGGAAGGAUUAAAGGAAGUAAUUUUUCUUUUUUGUCAGUAAGCUGGCUUUUUUUUUUUUAAAUUUGCAUCAGAAAAGUAAUGCUGCCCUGAACCAGUCAUAUUUAGUCUUAAGCUCCCAACUAUUCUGCUUCUCUAGUGUAUAUUUCACUUAACAAAGGUAAACAAAGUAUAAGAAUGCUACUUGACAAAGGAAAAAUCUUCUCAAGCACAUAGUCAAACAUGAAGGAGAAAAAAACCCAAAAAAGUCUGUAGGGGAGGGACACCAAAUGAGGUGGAGGAAUAUGAGAAAGAUGUGUGGUCCAAAGCUAUCUGGUUAUAUUUUGAUGUUGCCAAUAUUACAGAGCCAAAAUUUUAAUUUGCUUACUUAAUAUAUUUGUUGGCCAGAGAUCUAUUUUUCUAUCGGUGUGCCUUGCAUGUAUAUUAACUUUGGAAAGGCCAUGUAGUAAUGCCUGAGAUGCUGAUGGUUCUUACCACCUCACUGAUUUUUAUGCAGUUGAAAUGCUCAUUCUAUUGCCCAACUGGUGCUCUCUGUUUAAAGUCAUAGAUCUUGUCAAACUGGAACUCUUUUAUAAACUGGGGAAGUAACUUGCUUUUCAGUAGUUUCUCUUCCCUCACUACUCCCCCCCGCCCCCAUUUUUUUAAGUCUGUUAGUGGCUGGUCUAUAGUGGGAAAUAGUAAAAAGGAUUCUUCACUACCUACCCCACCCCCAGCACCACCUUCAAGUAAUGUGAUGACACCAUUUCUUUGUGCUCUUUGAAAGUUUCAGCUUGCUGUCUCCUUAGUGUUAUGAAAGGUGUUAUUAAAAGCAUUGUUUGCAAAAUACAGGAAGAUAAUGGGAGUCCACGUUAAUUGGGGAUUCUUAGUGAGCUUUGAUCCAAAAUUUUUGGCUCUUUUAAACAACAAAAAUUAUUGUUAAAGCACCUUGCUUAGAAAAUUUAGAUAUUCAUGUCUGCAACAAUUGUCUCAAUAAUAAACUGUGCAAUUCUUGUCAUUAAAAAACAAAAACAGAUCUGAAGUCUCCCUAAUGUGACUUGUUAGUUUCUGUAUUUCCUGCCAGUGUAAAUGUGAAAAGCUUUGCUUGCAUUACGUUUUAGAAAUGCAUUUUGCACACUCAGUUUUGCCGAAGCUCCGUGAAAAGGUUAGAUCUCAGUAGAUGAAUAAAGCUAUGCACAUGUUUUGAAAGUUUAAUUCGUGUGUCAUUACCAAAAGUCAUUAUUUUGCUGUUCUUAGCUUUACCAUCUUUGGAAACAUGUUCAGAGUUCUGGACUAGCUCAUCAAUUCUGGACUAGUUCAUCAGUGGAAGUAAAGGGAGGAAAACUGGCACCCGUUGAAUAAAGUUGAGUUGAAAUGAGAGCUUGACUUGCAUCUAUUAAAGGGCUUUUCUUGAAACAGGGCAGUUGUAUCGGCUUUAUAAACCAUUGGAUCCAGUGCUCUUCUCAGUGAAAUUUUGAAUAUGAAAAAGAAAUGGAAAGUCAAUCAAGCUGAAAUGAAGGAAAAAACUUUGCCAUACAAAGCUCUGUGACAAUGUUAUAUUUUAAAGCUGGUUUAAAGGUAGGAUAGCCCCCCCCCCCUUUAACCUUUAUUCUAGCAUAAAUUGGACUGGAUAGUUUAUCAAAAUUAUUCAGUUAAAGGUUUUUUUUUAAAAUGCCAAGCUGAUGAGAACAAGUUUAGAAAUUGGGCACGUUAGGUCCAUUCAGUGCAGUUGCAUGUACUAAAUAGCUUCACUUGACAGGAAGUGUGCACUUAAUAAGGUUGUACAGAUGUGCUAGCCAGACCUUGUUAUUCAUCUUUUAACAAAUAAUUUCUAUAAUUUCCAUAGGGCAUUUAUUUGUAGGAGAGUUGGGUAGAAGAUACUGCCAAUGGUGUUUUCCCCAGGCUCCUAUAUAUGAGAUACUUCAUUUCAUAGCUUUGUCUAUAUCUAAAAGAGGAUAUACUUCUCUUCUUGCUGUGUGUUGUUGACUUUGAAAAGACAGCAAAACUUCUCAUAGUGGAAGUUAAUAAUUAAAUAGUAAGAUGUCCAAAAUGUGGUCUAUAAUGCAUAGCCUUAUAAACACAGGUAGUAGCAAACAGCAUGGAUGGCUUUCAGUACUCUUUAGCAUCUGUCAAUAGUUCAUUUAAAUCCAGUCUUAGCAUACUGGUAGCUAGGUUUUGUGGUGCACACGUGUAAUCCUGGCGACCAGAGGCUGAAGCAGGACAAUUACGAGUUCAAAGCCAGACUGGCCUGCAUAGCAACAACAUAGCAAAUGUCUUGGUGAAGUAUAAUCUCUGUAUUGUGUGCACAGACAUUUACUUAGGAGCUGGGUUGCCUUUAAUUUUGGGAAAGAAUAAUUAGUAAAUUACAGUUACGUUAGGUGUUUGCCCUUUUCCCUCUGAAAAUUUUUUCAGUAUUCUGCCCAGUUUAAAAAGUAAAAAUAGGUAUUUUCUAGAUAGAUGAACAGUGGCCAGAAAUUUACUGUUUUGCUAAAUUAACUAACUGCUUAGGUAUUUACUAAAGCUGUUGCUGAUGUUAAUGGAUUUCAAGGAAGUAUCAGUUACAUGAUGAUCUUCCUUUAUCAAUGUCUUACUUAAUGUUCAGUGUUUUAAAAAUACAAAAUUACACUCUACAACCAUACUCAGAUUUAUUUUAUCAGAAAAACGAGAGAUUUGUAGAUCAAAUAAGACAAUAAGUGUACAUUGUUGAAUAAAAAAUUUCAAGUUUUUGA